UACGUCACCGCGUAUCUGGCAGGAGGGCGCUGAAGCCGCACUGAGAGAAGCCCGGCGGAGUGAGGCGGCCAUCCGAUCCGAUCCGAGUGUGUCCCGCAUCCAUCAUCGCUAUGGGAGUCAACACAGCGUCCUUUGUGAACCAGAGUCCGAUCCAGGACUGUCAGGAUGCGGUCCACCUGGAGACACAGACUAUAAAAGAGUGCAGUUGAGACGGCACCAGAGCCCGGCUCGGCUCCUUCAGACUGCCUCAGGAUGAGGAGGACAAACAUCUAGAGAUGACAAGUGCUCUUCAUGUUCCAGACAACUCAACUCUCUUUUGAGUCUCUCCUAGAUUUGGGAAGAUGUUUGUGUCCUUGCUGGUCCUGUGUGCAGUUAUGGCUGACAUCUCAGCCCGCUUCUUAACCACUCUGACCCCACCUGACCAGCUCCUCCUCCUUUCUCCUCACCACUAUCAACACACUGACCCCGACUCUGGCACCAAGUUGCUCUGCCACAAGUGUCCGGCUGGUACUUAUGUGUCAGUCCACUGCUCCCAAACAGCUGUGAGGGAAUGCAGCCCCUGCCCAAAGGGCACCUUCACACGAGGUGAGAAUGGAGUGCAGCAAUGUCAUCGUUGUCGGGCUCCAUGUCCUGUUGGCUUAAUUGAGAAAACGCCCUGCACGUCCAGCCAGGACCGCAUCUGUGUUUGUCCCCCUAAGAGUUUUAUGUUGGGGAAGACAGACACCGAAUGCAAGCCCCACUCACUCUGCCCUCCUGGCACCAGGGUGAAACAUUGGGGCAGUGAAACAGAGGAUGUCCUUUGCAAGCCCUGCAUGAAGGGGACUUUCUCACCUGUGGAGUCAAAUGCAAUGAAGUGUCAAGCUCACAAGGACUGCCAAGCUCAGGGGUUGGUACUGCUCACAGCAGGCACCAGAGAAAUGGACAACAUCUGUGGACCUUCUUCUGUGGUUCCUUCCUCCUCAUCUCUGUCUAUUGCCAGUCCACAGAGUCUGACUCAGUCUGUGUUUGUGCAGGAGUCCAACACUUCUUCAUCCUCAUUACCGACUGGACCUGUACCUCAAGUCACUCACAGCCGAUCUGCAGGCAUUCAGUUGAGGGAAAGCUCUGGCAAGAAAGGCCACUUUGUAGAAGGCCUCCUUCUUCUUCGAGCCACAAUUCCAAACUCAGACAAAGGUGAUCCUCUACAGAUUUCGCCUCCACCAGCUCAUAAACACACUGUAGACCAGGAGCACCAAUGGGCACAACCAAGUUCCAACCCUGUACCCGGGUUGAAUACGUGGCUGAAGGAUGAGUUGAAGGCUGUGGAAGCUGUCAGGGUUGGGACAGGGAGAAAAACCACUGGGCAGACAAAUGGUGGUGGCGAUGCAAUCUCUGGUUACUCCAGGACCCAUCGCCGUGGGUCGCCACGGCCAAACACCCAAAAACACUUUGAUAUCAAUGAGCACCUGCCCUGGAUGAUUGUGCUGCUGCUGUUGCUAAUGCUGGUGGUGAUUGUGGUGUGCAGUGUGAAGCGCAGCUCUCGGGUGCUGAAGAAGGGCCCCAUGCAGGAUCCGUGCAGCAUUAUGGAGAAGGCGAUUCAGAAGAAACCAUCCGUGCCGCCAACGCACGCCAAAGAGAAGUGGAUCUACUACUCUAAUGGACAAGGUGUGGAUAUCCUGAGGCUGGUGUCGGCCCAGAUCGGCACCCAGUGGAUUGACAUCUAUCAGUCACUGGCCAACAUUACCGAGCGAGAAGUGGCUGCUUUCUCCAACGGCUACUCAUCAGAUCACGAACGGGCCUAUGCUGCACUGCAGCACUGGACUAUUCGGGAUAAAGAUGCCAAUUUAGCCAAGCUGAUCAACGCGCUACACAGACAGCGCCGCAUCGAUGUGGUGGAGAAGAUCCGCUGUGUCAUGGAGGACAGUCCACAGUUCGACAUCAACCAGCUGACGACCUCAGUGAAUGUAAGCCAAAGCCUCAGUCCCACCCACAAAUCGCUGGAGUCCCCGAGCACCGUCGGCGUCAGUGGUGGAGGUGCGGGUGGAACCGGUGGUGUGGAACCGUCACCAGUGGACCGCACCAGGGUCUUCUUUCCUGAUGAAUCAGAGCCACUUCUUCGCUGUGACUCCACCUCCAGUAAAGACUCAGCCCUCAGCAGGAAUGGCUCGUUUAUCACCAAAGAAAAAAAAGACACGGUGCUCCGGCAAGUCCGCCUGGACCCGUGCGACCUGCAGCCCAUCUUCGAUGACAUGCUCCACAUCUUGAACCCAGAAGAGCUACUUGUCAUCGAGGAGAUCCCAGCUGCAGAGGACAAGUUGGACCAGCUGUUUGAGAUCGCAGGAGUUAAGAGUCAGGAGGCCAGUCAGACUCUGCUGGACUCCGUCUACUGCCACCUCCCCGACCUGUUGUAGUCGACCACAGUCAGCUGGGCUGUCGACACAGGAAACACCACAUCGAAGUAGAACGGAAGGAGACUUGGUGAUGGUUUGGUUCUUAGGUUGAUGUUGGAGCUGACAAAAUCUCGUUUAUUUUUACAUGAAUAUUACUUAUAGAAAAAAAGCAGAAACCUUACAUCAUCCUCUCAGUCUUUCAGAAUAUUUGAGUGCUUUUUGCCCUGGAAUUUCCUCUUAUGUUGUCUUGCUCAUGCACAUUGUUUGUCUCAGUAUUCAUCUUGAAUAGGGGUCUCAGAUUGGUGGCCUCGGGGCCAUGUAAGACUGACAGAAAGUGACCAAACUUAAUGUAAGAAUAAAACAGUAUUGCACUUACAACACUUAUGCUAUAACAAAUAAUAUAGAUAAUGGAGAAAAAUACUCAUUAAUAAAAGGUUGUUAGGCAGAAAGUUGCUAGACACUUGCUUCCCAAACAGAAGGUUGACCAGUAGAGGCUGCCUGUGCGUCACUUUCCAAGUACAUCUGGAGCUGUGUCAGGAAG